AUGCCCCAUCAGCUUCAACCAGACCAUAUCAGCUCCACACAUGGUGCUGGGUCUGGUUACCUGACGGCUGCACUAGCUCAUCUUGUAGAAGGCGCUGGUGGUCGCGUAUUUGGACUCGAGCUGCUGCCUGGGCUAGCUCAAUCUGCUCGUAAGAACGAGUUGAGCGCGGCCCCUGACCUCAUCAAGACUGGUGUGCUGUCGUUACAGUGCAAUAACGGCUGGUUUGGACUGCCAGCUGAAGCUCCUUUCAACUUCAUUUUCGUCGGCGCUGCCGUCUCCUCCCCUCCGCAAGCGUUGAUGGACCAGAUAGCCGAUGGUGGACAGCUUGUAAUCCCUGUGGACGACCCACGUGGAGGCCAAGCUCUCGUUUAA